AACAUACUUCCAAGCACAUAGCGGAUACUAUUUUCGCGGCAAUACCCAAAAACCAGAAACAAGAUACAAUUUAGUUUCAAAUCAAAUGGACGCAGAAAAUGUUCGGCAAAAGUAUGGCGUUGUUGGUAUUUUUAAGUGUGCUCUCAUACAAAUGUGUGGCGCCGGCCAGUAAUGAUUGCAAAGAACGCAUACGCAAGACCUGCCGGCGAGAAGUUCAAAAUCUAUGCUAUUUGGAUACCGAGAGAGGAUGUUUUCGACAUUUUCAAAGCAACUGUGAUAUGGAAAUUUCGGCGUGUAAAAAUGAAAUGGUCUAUGAAGCCUGGCCCGAAAAGUAUUGUUCCUCGUUGCAGUUCAUGUGCCAGGAAGAAAUCGAAGAAUACAACUGGCCACCCGAUAACUUCUAUCAACAGAUUGAACACAUACGCGAUAAUGCCACCAAUCUAUUUGAGGAAAUGCUCGCUGGCUAAUCGUUCCCAAGAAUAUUUGUUAUGAUAUUUAUUUUUUUAAUUUUAUUUUUUUUUUAUUUCACAUCAAUACCAAACAAAUAAACAAUGGAAUUCCAUUUAGAUGUUAAAAGCGUCAUAAAUUUAAAAAUACAACAAUUGUUUAUAAUCAUCAUCUGACACAAACACGCAAAAUAUGCCAAUCUGAUUUAAUAAACCAUAAACAACAAAUGCGCGAUACAAAUCGCAAAUGA